AUGGUUGACGUGACAGCCGUCCCAAGAGAAUUUAGGCAAUACAGAGUUACCGACCCGCAGACACGCUCAGAACUGAGGACGUUCUUAGGUGUGUGCUCGUACUACCGGAAGUUUAUACUGCGAAGGAAAGAGGUUCGAGUGGACGAGCUGCGUAUCGACGCUUUUAAAACGCUCAAGGACGCUCUGACGCCCACACCUGUUUUGGCGCAACCAGACACUGAAGGUGCGCGUUCAGGAGCAAAACCUCGAAGGGAGACGACAACUUUCUACAUCCCAAUAUUCUUCGCGUCAAAAGGACUAAACAAGAGCGAGCUUAAUUAUCACAUUACAGAUUUGGAAGUGCUUGCUGUAGUUACAGCAUUGCGAAGGUUCCGCAUGUUCGUAUCCAUCCAAAUGUUUCAGGACGCACCAACCACCUGA